AUGAACUGUAUGAUGCAACAGUUUCAGAAUUUAAAGAACAAUCAAGAGGGGGACAAUACUGAUCAUGAUCCACCAGCCCUAGAGAGUGAGAAGAAGAUCAAUGAAAGGAUGAAUAAAAUGGAGGAGAUGAUUAGAAGAGCCCGCAAGAUGGAGGAACUUAUGGAUUACGAUUCUUUUUCCCUAUUUCCCAAUGCAAGGUUGCCACCCAAGUUCAAGAUGCCAAAUCUAAACAAGUUUGAUGGGACCAGUUGCCCAAAGUCUCAUCUGAAUAUUUAUAUGAGAGCUAUGCAGCCCUUAGGUGCGACCGAGGAAGUACUUGCUCAGAUGUUCCAAAACACAUUAACCGGAGUCGCAUUUAGAUGGUUCCUCAACCUGGAUGAUGCAAGAGCAAGAAGUUGGGAGGACAUUUGUCGAGAGUUUCACAAGCAAUACAAGUACAAUAUGGAAGUGGACAUCACAAGAAGAGACCUUCAGACUACCAAACAAGAGCCGAAAGAAUCCUUCUCUACUUUCAUCACCAAGUGGAGAGCCAAGGCAGCACAGAUGAUAAGUAGGCCGAGUGAAGAAGAACAGUUAGCCAUGGUUGUAAAGAACUUAUUGCCUGUAUACCAUAAAUAUAUGUUUGCACAAUAUUUUCCCAAUUUUAAGGCUUUAAUUACUGUUAGAACUCAAAUUGAAGAUGUUAUAAACAAUGGUACUAUAAAGACUGAUGACCUUCCAAGGUUUAGAAAGAAUCUAGGAUCUAAUUCUAAGACUACAAAGGUUUCCAAUAUUCAUAAAAAUGAUCCUUAUCAAUUGGUUGCACCCAUUGCACCUGUGAAAAUACCCCAAGGGCCUAGACCCAAGAGAGAAUUUCAUGAGUUGUACAAGCCCAUAAGCCAAGUGUUUGAUAAGCUAAAAGCAAAAGGGUUACUGAAACCCUUGGACCCAAGACCAAUUCCAAACCCUUUGCCCUCAGGAUUUAUAUGA